AUGCCUGCGGCGCCGCCAGUUCCUAUGCGGUUUCCCUGCUGGUGCAGAGCUGUAUACUCGUGGGGAGGAGAGUCGCAGCGAGAUCUUGGCUUCGUCGAGGGUGACUUAAUAGAAUGUCUGAACGCGGGAGACGGCUCAUGGUGGACGGGAAGGCUGAGGAGAAACAAGACGGUCGGCAUAUUUCCCUCGAAUUUUGUUGAGGUCCUACCAGAGAACUUCCGUCCGGUCAGCAGGUCAACAAGUCCUUUGACGUCUAGUAACACGCCGAGUCCGACGUCCGGCAUAAUGCAAAAGACCAAGUCGAAGCCCUUCCGGAAACCGUUCGAGGCAUACGCAAAGGCGCCUCAUUACACAACUGCCAAACAGCCCGAGAUCAUUCGCGACAUGCCGCAACGCCAAAACUCUCACAACUCCUUCCAAGAGCCGCAGCGCCAGAACUCUCGCAACUCCUUCCAAGAGCCACCGCCGAGAACGCAACGCCUAAAUUCUCACGCCUCGAUCUAUCAACAAACAAAUCUUGUCGACGAAAUGGGCCGCAGACCAUCCGCGCCCGAGAUGCAUGGAUAUGGCUCAAGAGCGCCAUCGCCAGCACCCUCAAUGUCCAAUUAUGGCCAGGCCUACACACAACGAGCAUACUCGCCCGCGCCGCCUAUGCUGAACCAGGCAUAUUCGAUGAGAGCUCCUUCGCCAGGACCAGGCUUGCAAAUGUCAUUUUUCGGAGCGCGAGCGGCAUCUCCACAACCACCGCCUUCACCAAUGCAACAUGGGUCAAGAGCCCCGUCACCUGCUCCGUCCUUUAGCUUCACACCUUAUCGUCCGGGUGCCGAACGGAACUCACCUCCACCGCCAGCUCCACCCCCGCAUCGCUCUGCUCCCUUGAGCAGAGGGGGUUCCAACGCUUCAUACGAUGCUAGACCUCACACGCCAAGAGCUCAUUCGCCGGUACCGCCUUCGCCGGGCGGCGAGGGCUUCACCCCGUCGCCCCUGAGGGAAGCCAUGGAUGGCGUCAUGGAGCAACUUGAUGCGCUUGGAAUCAAUCAUCAAAGUGACUCGCCAGAACCGCCUCUGGACCCGUGGUCACCAGAAUCCUUUGACAUGGUUCACCACCGCUCUAAGCGGAAAAAUCAAAGCCAGAUGAGACCUCAAACCUCGAUGGGUGUUGCGCUACAGGAUGAAGGGUACGAAACGCGCAGUGGCGGAUCGUCGACAGAAAACACCUUUCACAGCAGUAGUUAUCGUGAUGACCCUCAUCAGCUUCCUCAACUGAGCAACUAUGUAGAGAGGAUGGAAUCACGCCUCAAGAAAAUGCAUCAGCACAGUUCCAGCUUGAGUGUGCUUGAGGAUCACCAUGAGAUGGGUCCUCCCCCGCCGCCAAAGAAGCAUGGAUUUGACCGACCGAAAUCCGCCAUGGAUGAAGGGGAGAGAAGAGUGCGGAAGCAGAAGUCUUCAUACGACAUGGGCCGCCAAGCACUGAAUCGCACGGCCACAACAAAGACCACCUCGACCGAGGCUACCAACAGCAGCAGUAAUACUCAAAGCACCAAUCACAGUCUUAUGAGUGGCGUUUCAGCUGGUGGGAUCAGUGCAACCAGCGCAGGAAGUUUGGCCCGUAAGAAUCGUAAUCGAGCUCAAAGCGCCCUCGGAUAUCGCACGGCCGAGGAAGCCCUGCUUCCAGAAGAUCGCCCCACGACACCGUUCUCUGGCAUAUCUUACCAUCCGAGUCAUUCAAGUAGUCAAUUUCGGUCUCAAUCUCAGGCUGGCUUUCAUGAUGAUGGAAUUGCAUCGAUUGGUGGUCUUGUCUCGCCUAGCGCCGUCAAGCCAAAGAGGUCGAAUUUUAUUAAGAGAAUCCUCGAAGCAACAAAGACGGGCGUUGCUAGCGGUCGUAGCACGAUUGCUGGCGUGUCCACCUCGGCUUCUUCCUCUCCAGUCCGGCCUAGUGUAAUGACAGCUAUCUCUGGAGGUGCUAGCAGCAUCAAUCUUACGAGAGAAACGACAGCACGGGAUAUGGGAAUGUCAGCUGGGGUUGAUUGGGUACAGGUCCGCCGAGACGUCAACCGCUCAAACACUUUGAGCAAAAACGAGCGCAACGAGCGAAGAGAUCGUUGCCAGAUGUUGGACUACCCUGCCAUUGAUCCUGUCGAAGAACUGUAUGAGAGUAUUGAAGGCGAUGAGGAUGCAGAAGGCUUGCCAGUUCGGAAUCCAACGGACUAUCAGAGCCUCAACUUGAGUCAGGUCGAUAAAAACUCCCGCUUCAUCAAGAGUCUACCACCUAUGACGACGGCUAUCACACUGGCAACAACUUACGUCUGUCGUCCGUAUCGAAGCGAGGUCCAACGACUUCGUGCUAUUUUCAUCUGGGUAGCUGAAAUGAUCAAUUGGGAGGAAGACUUUGAAGGAGACGUCGACACAAGAAGAGUCAUCAUGACCAAAAGGGGAUGUGCAGAAGAAUAUGCCGCUCUCGUUCAUGAGAUGUGUGAAGCCGUUGGUAUUCACUCAGAAGUCGUCCGAGGCUACCUCAAAACACCUGGAGAGGUUCCCGAGACGAGCAUCAUGCCUCGUUCCAAUCACUGGUGGAAUGCUGUGCUUGUCGACGAUGAAUGGCGCAUCAUAGAUUGCUGUCUUGCAUCCGCAUCGAACCCGCGCCGGGCACUGUAUUCUAGUUCCCCCAAUGUCAAUGCCGAUGGGUGGUGGUUCCUCGCUCGGCCAAGCGAGAUUUGCUGGACGCACGUCCCCGAACACCAUGCUCAACAACACAUCUGCCCACCAGUGCCGCAUGAUGUUCUUCUCAACCUGCCUGGCGCCUGCCCACCAUAUUUCAAGAACAAUCUGGCCAUGGUUGAUUAUAAUACAUCGCUGACACGUAUCGAGGACCUUGAGAUGGUACACAUCAAGUUCAACGUACCCGCAGAUGUCGAGGUAGCCGCCGAGGUUGAAGUUCGUGCCUAUUCCCGCGACAGCGAUGGAGACUUUUUCGAGUCUGGUGAUGUAAUCAAGAAGCGCGCUCUAGCUCAAGCAGAGUGGUAUAAUGGAGAUAAGCGAUACACCAUCAAGGCUCUCCUUCCGGGAGAUGAGGGCUCGGGUGUUCUCAAGGUCUACGCUGGCAAACGUGGCCUGAUGCACAGUAUAAAGGACAUCCCCCACCCCCUAGCAUUUGCGCUUCCCAUCAUCCAUACGGGCGAGAACCCUCCAUAUGAAUUUGUUACUCGACACCCGACGCCCCAUGCUCAGAGGCACGACAUUUAUGUUGUUCAGCCACAAUGCCAAAAGCUUGCCCUGAACAAUACCUUUGUCUUUGCCAUUCGUCAGCAUCCCUCGACGGCUGCUGGCGCGCCUUCCAGCAAUCCAGGUGGUACUAGUCCUAUCCCCUUCAUGAGGCCUGGAAGCGCAAUGAGCAUGGCGAGCUCGCUCCCUAGUAAUGCCAGUAGCAGUGGCUAUGGCGGGGGCCCAAUAAACGGAAAGAAGCCGGCCAAGCUGGCGAUUCAGACGCCCGGUGGAAAAAUUCUUCGCUUGAUGCGCAAGGAAGAGCGCCGAGGCAUGGGUGUAGGAAGCAGGAAUCUCGGAGAAGAGGAGGAAGUCAGCGACGGCGGUAGCUGGGAGACGAUCAUAAAGUGCUCCGAACGCGGUGUCUGGCGAGGUCUAGUCCUUGCCGACCGGACUGCAAAGUGGUGCGUCUUUGCGGAAUGGAUCUGUGUGGGCUAA